AUGGAUCCUGCUUCUCUCGCUCUCUCCAUUUUUGGGACCUUGGAUAUAUGUCUCAAAUACGGCAAGCGUCUCGUUGAACUAUGUCGCGAGACUCGCAACCUCCAAAACGACAUCGCCCAGAUCACCUUAACAAUUGAAGGCGUAUGGCUGAAAACGGAGAUUCGGUUGGAUUUAUUGAAGCGAUUAUCGAGAGCUGGAUCGUUAGACCACACCCUGAGUGGCCAUUAUGGAGAGGCUCUUCAGCGACUGCGGGUGAAGAUCUCGAGCUUGGAGGCAGUUCACAAACGGUCGAUUUCCACCUCAAGAUUCCCCCAAGUGGCUUGGACGGUGUACUUGAAGCGACAUCUUGAGGGAGUGAAUGGUGAUCUCGAGGAAUGGCAGCGCCGGUUCGAUCAGUCGUGGACCCUUUUUUCCUCGUCGAGUUCGAGCGUGUUCGACCCGCAGAAGCUCAGUCUGAUCUACUCGGCGAUCUGGAAUGGGAAAGAAACCUCUACCGCCACCCCGUGCGGCAGGGGCUUCGGUCCGACGAAGCGUUUACCAUGCAGCAUGACAUUUACAGUCUUGGGGUUCUGUCUUCUUGAGAUGGCCUUAUGGGAGUUGUUCGUUCGCGAUGACAACGGAAUGACUACUCAUUGGUUGGACCUGGCCAUCCAGGUGCCAUCUCGGCUAAGGAUGCUCGACGUGGAGGCUUUGCGGAUGAAGAAAGUACUUAUCGCAAUCACCGAGGAUCGACUUCUUGCCAUGGUGGGAGACCAGUACGCGAACAUCGUUCUCGCGUGUCUUUGUUGCUAG